UAGUUACAAGUAGAUAGCGCAUCGACUGCUUAAACCGUACAGCAUGCGUACUCGAUUCUCGACGCAACAGUCGUAAACAACAUUUUUUCCAACCAGAAUCCUCACAAGUUUACGCUUGCACGGUAAAUAGAGCGUCCUGGCAGAUGCGCCAUAAUUUUUCCGCGUUUUCAUACAAUUUCGCGGAAAAAUGGGGUCGAAUUUGCACGCUCAGUGUACGUGAUACGUAGACUUAUGGGUUUCUGGCAUGCGGUGACGUCAUCCGGAUCAUUCUGGAAGAACCCUGCAGGACAAUAAUGGCGGAUUUGUAUGCAAAAUACAACUGCACCUAUUGUCAAGAGGACAUCACGGGUUUACGCGUUAGAUGUGUAGAAUGCCCAGAUUUCGACCUCUGUUUGCAGUGUUUUUCCGCUGGAGCUGAAAUUGGUCCACACAAAAAUGAUCACUCUUAUCAGUUUAUGGAUUCUGGAACCAUUAGUAUAUUUAAUGGUAGGGGGAACUGGACUGCCAGGGAACAACUUAGACUCUUGGAUGCCAUUGAACAGUUUGGUUUUGGUAACUGGGAAGACAUUAGUAAACACAUUGAAACACGUACACCGGAAGAAGCUAAAGAAGAAUAUAUUGCUAGGUACCUCGACGGUAAUAUUGGCAAGCACACAUGGCCACCGACAGAAAGCUAUAAACCAAAUCUUACAGAUCAAACUAAGUCGGAUCACGGACCUUUAUCACCUGAUCUUACAUCUAGGUUACCACCAUUGGAUAUCACUCCAGAAGAAGCUGCACAAUUGGGUUAUAUGCCCCAACGAGACGAUUUUGAAAGGGAUUACAAUCAUGAAGCGGAAUCUCUUGUUUCUUCAUUAUUCUUAAAUCCAGCUGAGGAUGAUGAUUUGGAUAUAGCACUAAAACUUGCACAAGUUGACAUGUAUACAAAUAAUUUAAGAGAAAGAGCUAGACGAAAAAGAGUAGUACGUGAUUAUCAACUUGUAUCAGCUUUCUUUGCUUCGUCUAGAAAAGAUAAAACUGUGAAGAAAAAGCAAUCGAAGGAAGAAAAAGAAUUCAGAGAUAGAAUACGACCAUUUGCUCAGUUUUACACGGCACAGGAGUAUGAGCAAUUCUUGAAUAAUCUUGAACGAGAAAGAGAAUUGCGCUUGCGUCUUUCAGAGUUAUAUCGCUAUCGAGAAAGUGGAAUUUCAAGACAUGAAGAAUGUGCUCAUUUUGAGCAAGUGAUUGCACAAACCCAGGGUCAAAAUGAUGCAGCUGAUCACUGGAAUGAAAAAAAAUCUGGCAGCAGUGGGCCGUCCACACCAAUUCACCGCCACACCUCAAAAAAAAGAGAAGAAGAAAAAAGUUACUCUUCCAUCGACCGAAAGUACAUUGCAAAAGACUUACUCAGCAGCAGCUCCUCUCUCAGUCAAACCAAUCCCAAUCGGACGACGACUCCAGCCAAUCAGUGGGCGGAGCAGGAUAACUAUCUGAAUUCUUCCAGCCAACAUUCUACCAGCUCCAGUUCUACUACAGAAAAAAACUUCACUGCGACAACUUCUGGAAAAUCAUGUUCAACAAUAGGUGAUUUAGAAGAACGAGAUAUUGAAAUGGAAGCUGCAGCACAUUUAUUAACGAAACAAGAAAAAUCUUUGUGUCUUCAACUUGAUCUGAAGCCAACACAGUAUUUAACACAGAAAACGUUGUUGUUGCAAGAGUAUCUAAAUGGUAAUAGGAGAUCUGGCGUUGUUCCUCAGUCGGAACCAGAGAGUAAGAUUUUACAUUAUCUGGUUGCGAAUGGCUGGAUUGUGGCCAAUUAACCAUUUGUAAAAAAAAAUUAAUGACGAUUUCAACUCUAAGUCACCCUCUAUUUUGCAAACUAAGUCCUAGGUAUAAUUCAAAUUCGAGUCUGAUUUAAUUAACGUACGAGACAGGUAGAGAGAGAGAGAGAGAGAGAAUGUGUGUGUAUAUAUAUAAUUUAAUAUGUAAAGAGUAUUCUUUCUUUCCUACAAUUUAUUAAUGGAACUGUUGUAUAGUCAAAAUUCAGCUGGUCAUAUUGAAGGGUAAAUUGUUACAAUUCAGCAAUUUUAUUAGCAACCAUUUAAUUCAAUUAUAUUUUUUCGCAAUCGUAUCUAUUAUUUCACUAUGUGAAAUAAUAAAAUACAUUACUUCGAAAGUUAUAAAGUUUGAAUCCAUUUAGGCCGUAACAGUUCAUUUAUCAACUGUCGAUACUCUUUCAUUGCUUUUAAAAAAUUGCAAUUAUUACAUAUUCACCGCAGUCAUGUGCGAAACGAUUCUCGAAAAUUGUAUUUGAUUUAAAAUACAACGGUUAUGUUAGGUUUCGUUCAUCGUUUAGUCAAAUAUAAGAAUUUAUUUAACACUGUAUAAGAAAAUCUCUUACACUGCCUUCAUAGAGCCAUUGAACAUAUUGCUCAAUUAAUUCUUCCACUGUAAUGUUUUCUUGUACAGACUAUUAGCUGCACAUACUUCUUUCUAUCUGUUUUAUUGUGAUUUGUUACCAUACUUGACAAUAAGGAAGUGCAGAUAGGUUAUUUAAUCGAGAUUACGUCGCGAAUUAUUUCAACUAGGAGUUUAACAAUAAAAAUGUUAAUUGAAAUACUAAAUAAGUUUCAGUAAAAUUUUAGUUAUAUUUCAGUGAAAUAUGAAAAAGCUUUAAACCAUUGAGAAAGUAAAUUCUACUUUGUUAAAAAAUUAGUGUAAAUAUGAGUCUAUUAUUGAAAUUGGCUUAACAACAGACAUAUUAAUAGUUGCAUGGUGUAACAAUCGAAAUCGUCUAAUAAAGAGGUUAAAUUUUUCAAAUAAUACAUCCCCGAUUUAUGUUCAAACGCAUUUUAUUCUACAAAUAUCUGUUGGUACUUUUUUUCAACAAAAUAAGGAGUUCCUUAUUGAUAAGAAAUGGUACAAAGAACAGGUCGCGAGGACACUUGUUAUCACCAUGAUAUAUAAAUAUAUAUACAUAUAUUAAAUAUAUAUAUAUAUAUAUAUAUAAUAUUAGGUAAUUUAUUUGUUGCCUGUGUAAUAUUUGUACAUACAAUGGAGAAGAAAAAAAAUAGUACCUUCCUAGUGAUACUACUUCUAAAGCACAAAUUAUGGUGGUAAUAUAAAGAAGUUUUGAAAAGAAAGCGUAUAGUGUGAUACUGGUGGUGUUCUAAGCCAAACUGAUAUUGCAGAAAAGACAUACGAACUUAAGACACGGAUUAUUGUUUUAAGGAAGCAAUUAUUUUCCGUUGUUUAUAACACAUUAGCUACAAACUACCAUAGCUUCUACUUAAAAAGAGAAAAAAAAGGAAAUAAGUAACAAAAAUGACUGUGCCGUAAUAAAAGUAUGUGCGUUGUCGCAUCUUUGUGAAAAGAUACCCAUUGUUGUACGCUUCUACGGCUUUUACAUAAGAAGCAAACCAUUUAUAGCUUUUAUUUAGUAUAAAUUGGUCGCGAACUUUUAUAUAUCCUCCAUUUCUCUGGUAUGCUUAAAAAAUUAAACAAACACACAAAAAAAUGAAAAAAUAUUGAACGUUUGCUUGAACGUAAUUUCGUCUUUUUCUAAAUCUUCACGCUUUAUCAAUGCUUAAACGUAAGUUCAAGCGAGACGAACGUCAUUGUUUAGCUUGCAUCAUCGUAUGGAUGUAAAAGAAAAACAACUAAAAAAAGCUGUAUCUUUGUAAAUAAAUGAAGAAAAGUAACUACGAGUUAGUGGUUAUAAAAUCUUUAUGUAUAAAAGUAAAAGAGAGUCAGAAAUAUCUUCCGUUGGAGAAAAAAGAUACUUAUUAUGACGUAUUGCUUUAAUACAUGGCUAAGUGAUGAGAGAUGAUAAGGGAAAUAGCUGCUCAUAUUUUUUACGGAGAGUAGAAGACUAUUCCCUUUUAUUCAUUGUAAACUAUCUGCCUGCAAACGGUAGUGAGUAAUUUUUCAAUGGACACAUUAUGAUUCUUAAAACAUAUUACUUGUUACGUUUUCGCUGCCUGUAUUGACCGGUAGUCGAUCCAUGCAAGUUGUUGGGGGGUUUAGUGUCGCUCAUCUUUUUUAGCGGUCACAAUUUUAACUUCUCUCUUGUUUACUGUUUUACAAUGAUGUUGCUUGCACUGUUUCUAAUAAAUUUUUGUUGUCCACUUAAUUGUGAUCGAAAAAUGAAAAAUUUUUAACUUAAUUUUUUUUUAUUUUAUCGCGAAACUUGCAAAGAUCGACUAGCCCGUCGUUUGACUGUAAUAUUUAUGUAACAUGGUUCAUUACGGAUAGACUGUUUAACCGAACAAGUUCACGGUGUCUUGUAAUUCACGAUGGAUUAGUAAAGAGGUGAUGAUUAUCAAAGGGAUGCCUUAGUGGAUUAGUUCAUUAAUUUUUAAUUCGUAGAUAUUGCACUAAAUUAUAUAUCAAACAGAAAUCUCAUUUUCGAAUUAAAAAUGAUUUUAAAAGAAACGUAAAUGUUUUCUAGAUGUCACAUAGUAUAGUGUUAAAUUGCACGCUGACCUUUUCAAUUUUCACUAAUAUUAACAUUGAUAAACUAUUCAAGUACAGUGUUAACAUUACAGUUUCGAUUGCUUAUUCAACCGCAGGAUAUAAUGGUAAUAAAUAAGUAAUGAAUGUUAUGAAAUAGAUAUUCAAAACUUAUUAUAGUUACCUCUUUUUACAAGGAAUUACAGGUCACCCUUGCAAGACGAUGUUCUGUUAAAUAAAAUGGUCGUUACGCCUUCCUGUAAUUAUCUACAA